AUGCAGGGUUCCGAGGUGCGUCGUGGUGAUGUCGAAGCACUACGUGACCUUUUGAAAGACCCUGCCCAAUGUCUGGACAAGCUUGUGGCAGAUGGCUUGUGCGAAACGCAUAGACACUGCUCUCACUGCGGUUCCGGCGAAGUGCGGCGAAGCCAGUGCCAAAGAGGUGUACGGAAGGGACAUUUCUUUGUGAGCUGCGCAAAAUGCCACAAGUACACUAACUGCCUGUUCUACAGCAAGGAGCUCUUCCUGGCACGAAAGUCUUCCAAUGCCAUGUUCGACUCGCGGGCGUGUGCAUUCGGGGAGUUCGUGCGGAAAGUCGGAUACCAGUACGACUACCGCGGAGCCGCUGGAUACCCUUCUGGCACCGUGCACAAGCCAAUUGCUCGACAUCUGAAUGCCGGACAUGGGACCGUGAAGGCCUGA